UGGGCACCCGGCUGUGACUGUGUCCGCUGUCACUCUGGUCAUCUCCUGUACUGUGUCAGCAGUCUACUGGUCAUCUCCCUGUACUGUCGUACAGCAGUCUCUGGUCAUCUCCUGUUUUCUGUGUCCGCAGUCUCUUGGUCAAUCUCCUGUACUGUGUCCCCGCCGUCAUCUUGGUCAUCUCAUGUGUCCACAUCUCUGGGGCCCAUCUCCUGUACUGUGUCCGCUCGUCUCUGGUCCAUCUCCCAGUACUGUGUCCGCAAGUCUCUGUCAUACUCACUGUACUGUGUCCGCAGUCUCUGGUCAUCUCCUGUACUGUGUCCGCAGUCUCUAUGUCAUCUUCCUGUACUGUGUCCGCAGUCUCUGGUCAUUCUCCAUGUUACUGUGUCCCAGUCUAUGGUCAUCUCCUGUACUGUGUCCCAGUUCUCUGGUCAUCUCCUGUACUGUGUCCGCCGUUCUAUGGUCAUCUCUCUGUACUGUGUCCGCAGUCUCUGGUCAUCUCCCUGUACUGUGUCCGCAUUCUCUGGU